ACUUGUGACACAAUCCCAUUGCAACACUGUGAGUGGAAAGGAAAGCGCGAUCUUGCUGCCAAGUUUCCUAAGAAUCAUGAGUGGUGGAUGCCCUUAUUUUGGAAAGAAAUAUCAAUUGUCUCUGGUUGAAUCUUUAAAUUCCAAUGAAGAAAAAGAUAAAUCACAGGAAGGGAUUAAUAAAGCCAGUAAGGGUGGUAUACUCUACGGGGAUUAUCUACAACUGGACAAGAUUGUAAAUGCCCAGGAACUUCAGAGUGAACUGAAGGGGAACAAGAUACACGAUGAGCAUCUUUUCAUUGUAACCCAUCAAGCUUAUGAACUUUGGUUUAAGCAGAUCCUGUGGGAGCUGGAUUCUGUAAGAGAGAUAUUCAUAAAUGACCAUGUUCGAGAUGAACGGAAUAUGCUUAAGGUUGUGACCCGAAUCAACAGAAUUGCAAUUAUUCUGAAACUACUUGUGGACCAGUUUACUGUUCUGGAGACAAUGACAUCCUUAGACUUCUAUGACUUUAGGGAUUAUUUGACUCCAGCAUCUGGGUUCCAGAGUUUUCAGUUUCGUAUGUUGGAGAAUAAGAUUGGAGUUCCGGACAGUUUGAGAGUUCCAUAUAACAGAAGACACUACAGGGACAAUUUUAAAGGAAAGGAGAGUGAAGUUCUGCUUAAGUCAGAACAGGAACCAACACUACUUCAGCUGGUUGAGAAAUGGCUUGAAAGAACUCCUGGACUUAAAGAAGAAGGGUUUAACUUUUGGGGAAAACUGCAAAUAAAUAUCGAAGAGGGACUAAAGCAGGAAAUUGAAAAAACGCAGCAACAACCAGACUCUGAGAUGAAGGAGGACUUGAUGGCUGAACUCAUAAAGCAGAAGGAGGUUUUCACAUCAUUAUUUGACGAAAAGCGUCAUGAGCAUCUGCUGGGCAAAGGGGAAAGAAGAUUAUCAUACAAGGCCCUACAAGGAGCUCUGAUGAUCUACUUCUACAGAGAGGAACCUCGUUUCCAGGUCCCUUUUCAACUCCUGACCUCUCUCAUGGACAUUGACGCACUCAUGACAAAGUGGAGAUAUAACCAUGUUUGCAUGGUGCACAGAAUGAUAGGCAGUAAGGCUGGCACGGGAGGUUCAUCAGGCUACCAGUACCUGCGUUCCACUGUGAGUUUUUGUGGAUUAUUCAACCUUGCAACAUUCUCACCUCGGCACUGGGGUACCAUGGGUUUGAACUUGGACCCCAGUGUCCACAAGUUCCUCUACACAGCAGAAUGUUGCGACAGUUCCUAUUUCAGCAGUGAAGACUCAGAUUAGAGCAUACUAUUCUUCUAAAAUGAUCUUCUGUAUGCAGUGGCUUGAGCAUUCCUGCUUUUUCAUUGUUGCAUCUUUGUACAUCCAAUACAAUGCAUCCAAAAACUAUU